AUGGCUCCCGGCACUAAUGGCCGAGGCGUCCAGGUCGAGGACACCAAGAUCUGUGUCGUGAUGGUUGGGCUGCCAGCGCGUGGGAAGAGCUAUAUUGCACAAAAAGCCCAGCGGUACCUCCAAUGGCUCUCGAUCGAUGCCAAGACAUUCAACGUCGGCAAUUAUCGGCGAACUGAUGCCCCCCAGCCGUCUGCCGAGUUUUUUGAGAUGGGCAAUGCCGAAGGAGAGCGCAGACGACGGGCCGCCGCCGAGGCUGCCAUGGCCGAUAUGCUUAGCUGGUUCCGACAGGGCGGUGUCAUUGGCAUAUUAGACGCGACAAACUCGACCAAAGACCGCCGCAGGUGGGUUGUUGACACGUGCGCUCGCGAAGGCAUCGAGGUGCUGUUCGUCGAAUCCAAAAGCGACAAUGAGGACCUCAUCAUGGCCAAUAUCCGCGACGUCAAGACGACGAGUCCAGACUACAAGGGUCAAGACCCGGAGAAGGCUGCCAUGGACUUCCGCAACCGGAUCAAAAACUACGAGAAGGUCUACAAGACAAUUGACGGUGAUGGCGAUGAGAGCGACUACACAUACCUCAAGAUCAUGGACGUGGGCGGCCAGGUCAUCAUCAACCGCAUACAGGACUACCUGCAGAGUCGCGUUGUAUACUAUCUAAUGAACCUCCACAUCCGCCCCCGAUCUGUCUGGCUGUCCCGGCACGGGGAGUCGCUGUACAAUCUUGACGGGCGCAUUGGCGGUGACGCAGAUUUGUCACCGCGUGGCCAUAAAUAUGCUCAGAAGCUGCCCGAGCUAGUUCGUAAGUCUGUUGGAUCUGACCGCCCCUUAACGGUUUGGACGUCCACCCUCAAACGAACUAUCGCCACCGCGCGUUACCUCCCCGACAACUACAACCAACUGCAGUGGAAGGCACUCGAUGAGCUGGAUGCCGGUGUCUGCGACGGCAUGACAUACCAGGAAAUCAAGGACGUCUACCCCGAAGAUUUCAUCGCUCGAGACGAAGACAAGUACAAUUACCGAUAUCGCGGCGGUGAGUCCUAUCGCGAUGUUGUGAUUCGACUCGAGCCCAUUAUCAUGGAACUGGAGCGUUCGGAAGACAUUCUCAUCGUAACGCAUCAAGCCAUAUUGCGUUGCAUCUACGCAUACUUUAUGAAGAAGGACCAGUCGAGAUCUCCCUGGCUCAACGUUCCUCUCCAUUCUUUGAUCAAGCUUACGCCUCGAGCAUACGGCACAGAUGAGGAGAGGUAUCAAGCGGAUAUUCCGGCCGUCAGUACUUGGAGAGGGAAGGGCAGUACUGCUAAACAUGAAGAUCCGGCUGCGGAUGCCACUGUCUGA